AUGUGCAUCGACACGAGGGCGCUGGAUGAGAACUUCCAGGCGAAGAACCAGUACGUGUACCACAUCGGUGCCAAAGGGCGUCUCCCUACAGGAGCAGCCGACUGUCUCUUGAAGUUGGACAGCCAUGUCUACACAGCCUCUGUCAUUGACACCGCCACGGCGGACUUUCUCAACACGUCGUGCUACGUACAGGGCGGCCCCAACAACAGCAACCAGUACCAUAGCUUCACCGUAGAUUUCAACUCGUUCAACUGCAUGACGGCAUUGAAUCGCGUUGGCGCGAACGAUUGCGUGUUCGUGGCCCGCGAGGGUUGCACCCCCAUUGCCGACUCCGACCGUCAGCGUUUCUACAGGGCCAGCUCCUCCCGGAACACCGAUGGAUCCAUCGACAGGGCCGCCUGUCUCAUGCAGUCGGACAGGCGGGUCGACAUGGCUUCGGUCAUGAACGCGCUCAUUUCCGAGCCCCACGUGACCACUGACACAGGCUGGGGUACGGGGUCUGUCUCGAGGUUCCGCGGUGAUUGGGGUUCACCUGCUACGUUUAGCAUCCCCGAGGGAAUUCUCGGAAUCCAGGAUGCCAAGAACCCGGAGGACAUCCCCAGAACGAGCCCCACAGGCUACUGCGUCGUGACAGACCAGACCACCAUGAGCAGACCCACGGUCGAGAUGUACCUCGAUGAUCCUUCGCUCUUCGAGGGCAGAUUCAAUCGGGACGCGCCCGCAAAAGCUGUCAGGUGUGCCAGGCAGCAUCUGUCUGGCCUGGUGAUGCGAGGUCCUGCUCUGAACUGGAUCUGGCCCUCCGCGGCGCGCCGCGUCCAGAUCAGGAUCUAUCAGGGUGGGGCCACCCCAGCGGUCUGGGAGCGUCUGUUGACGGGCGCCGGCUACCUGUAUUCAGGGCGGGCAGGCCUGGCGGUGUUUGGAGAGGUGGUGAAGCGCGUGGACAAGACGAAUUCGCUCGGCCCCGUUCCCGAGUAUCGCCACGAGGGCGGGCUGACCCAUGAAGCAAUGGAGCACGUGAGAGACUUGAGCGACCCGGUGGUGGUGAAGGCGAUUGACGCUUGCAAGACCAGCCGGGUCGAGCUGCCCACCCCGGCACCCCCGGAGGUCGCGGGCUCCGCCUUGUCGAUCACCGGGCCGGCCGGUCGCGUGGAGGACGCCUCCAAGAUCCGCCUGCUCAACGCGCCGGCGCGCGUCAGCGGCACGGCGGCCCCGACCACAACGUCGCGGACGCUGCGUGAGGGGCGCCGGUGGGUGCCGCGCCUCCGCGCUUGGAGCGACCGCGUCGCACGGGUGCGCUGCCGCGCAUGUUCGGCGGAGGCCGCGAGCGCCCACCCGUAG